UAUCUUUGUCAUAUGUCUGUUUAAACAUUUAAACAUUCUUGCAAACAUUUGCUAUAAUGUAAGUACACAAGUCAGCAAAAUAUAUAACAUUGUGCUAGUGGUUUUUGGAUAUUUUAAUUCAAAAAUCUUACAUAUUGUGCCUUUUAAGUGACUGAAUGCUGGUGGGUGGAGCCUAUGGUGUGAUGAUGUAUAACUAUUCGUCGAUAUCUUGCUCUGGAGGUAGUCAGAUGCAAAUAUAUAUGCUUUGUUUAUAAUGAGGAGGACGGUUUUGUGCUAUGAAACUUGUAGGACGUUUUAAUGGUAUAAAGACCUCUUAUAAGAUGAAGGCAAAUUUGAUUUCUCAUGUCAUGACCCCUUUAAAUUAAAUUAUGAUUAUGAGCAGGAAAUUCAUAUCUAUUUUUCUUGUCUAAAAUGCUAGGGAAUUGCGAUCUCUCUUUGCACUUUUUGUCACAUGACUUUUGUUUUUGUUAUGGUCUUUGGACUAAUGAUAUUGAAACUGUAUUUUAUUUACAAAUGAAUUGUGUGUAUUUUUUGUAAAUAACAUGUCAUAAAAAUGUUUUGCGUCAAAGCCACUCUACUGUCAAAACAAACUGUUGCUAUCUCACACGAUCUAGGCACUGAUGAACUUGUGGGUUGCAGUGAAAAAUGCAAAAACCCCAGUUCUCACUAGGAAUAAUGGUCUUUGAACAAAGUUAACUUCAGUGCUAAAUAAAUACCAGUGGGUGCGUCAUAGGCCUGAAACUAAAUUUUCCAAUCCUGCCCAGUGUUUGUGGUUGACAAGUACGAAGAUAUGAUGCAAACCGUUUACAUCCUUUUCUCGCACUCUCGGCUAACAAGCAGAUAUAGAGUAUAAAAUUAAAAUAAAAUAAAUAAAUUAAACCAAUUUACAUCUCUAUAUUACUCUCUGUUGGUGGUAGAAAAUGGGACAAACAGUCCUGAUUUUGUUUGUAAGAUUUUGUUUGGUUAGUUGUGUUCUUCUUAUUUGUUUUGAUUAAUUUUUGUCUAGUACCAUGAUUGUAGUCAUUUCCUCUUUUUAAAACGUUCGAUAAAGUAUACAAGGAAUUUGACGGGAUCCAGAUCACAUAUUGCUGUCUACUGCUACAAACUUUUUGCAUUACAUAAAGAGGAAAUCACAACCUCAGCCCAGUUUCAGCAUGAGGCACUUCAGCAAAACACAUUGAGACAGCAGCCACAAGCAACACUUUCCCAGGAAAGAGGGAUGCGUUUCUCUCUGAUCUGUUGUGGGUGGAUGCUGCUGUCUUCGGUUUUCGCUUUUGGCAAUGCGGCAGUAAAUCACACUACAACUUUAUUUGUCAGCCAUGGACAGUCUGCCAAAAUUAGCUGCAACUACAAACGAACAAAUGACACACAAAUCAUGAGAGUGAAGCUUCAAACUUUAAAUCAUACACUGUGUUCGUAUUUAUGUGUGGAUUCAUGGAUAAAACAAGAUUGUAAAGAUCACAUCAGAUUCAUAUGGAUUAAUAAGACUAUGGAAAUAUCAUUUGAGCUAUUAAAUUUGAAAUUCAGGAUACCGGCACGUACACCUGUACUGUGAAGAGGAUUGCAAAACCACCUGAAGAGGAUCUGGGAAUAGAAAGAGUUCAAGUUAUUGUACAUCCUUUAAUGUCUCUAUCCUGUGUGAAGAGGCCUGAUGGAUCUCCCAUGAUUCUGUGCUCUGUGGGAUUUUACCACGAUUCUCUUGAACAGCUGUGGAUCAGAGAUGGAGACGUCCUCAACAGUUCAUACUCAAACAAAUCAUUCAAUGGAUCCUUCAAUCAGAAAUCAUACCUUAUACUGCCGCCACAAACCUUCACUGACACAAUCUACUCCUGCUGGGUAAACCACUCGUCAUUAAACAAACCACUUGUGGCCAGUUUAUCAAGCUCUGUCUGCUAUGAAAGAGGAGGUGUAACUGUGAAUGUGGUGUUUAUCGUCUCUUCGAUGUUGGCUGUCUUUUUGAUCAUUGCAGUCAUGUGUAAACGUUACAGAGGAGCAGGUCGGCGGUCUGUGUCUGCUGUAGGAGUGAGUGUCACACCUGAGCCUGUCCUCCAUGCUCACCUGCAGUCUGAGAUGUUGUAUUCAACACUGGUGUUUUCUCAGAUUGCCUCAGUCGGAUUGGUUGAGCGUGUUUCUGACUUGACUAAACUUACAUCGCCACCUCAGACCAACAUCACUUCUUCAUUUGCACCAUCAUGUGUUAGAACAGCCAGUACCUGCAAAAUGCAAAAGAGGACGCAGUUUCCGAUAUAUGAAAUGAUAUCAUCAAAGUGUAACUCUGUGACCACAUUUGCACUGAUGCUGCUGUCUUUCUUUUCUGUUAUAGAUGGACAUACAGAAUUCAAUGGCACCUUAGUUCAGACCGUUGAUCGAGGAAAGUCGGUCAAUAUCAGCUGUAACUACAAACCAUCAAGUGACAUUGAAAGUUUCACAGUGAAACUGGAAACUACCAAUACAUUGUGCUCCGUAAUGUAUGUUAACAAAUCAUGGAUAAAUCACUCAUGUAAAGCUCUAUUUAGAUUCAUUUGGAUUCCAAAGAGAGUUGAAAUGUCAUUUGAGGUGUCAAAUCUGCAGAUAAAUGAUACUGACAUUUACAAAUGUGUUGUGACAAGAAACAUACCACCUCCUUCUGUGCCUUUGAGAGAAGAAAGAACAUUUGUUCAAGUGAUUGCACACCCCAACGUGUCUGUUUCACACGUAAGAGCAUCAGAUGGAUUUCAUGAGAUUCUUUGCCGCUCUGAGGGGUUUUACCCCUCUUUUCUGAAGCUGGUGUGGAUGAGAAAUGGAGGAUUUCAGAACAUCUCUCACACAUACAACAUUAACAAAACCAACCCAGAUGGGUCAUUCACCCUCCAUUCAUAUUUGAAUGUAUCUGACUGUACAAACUACUCGUGUUGGGUGAAUCACUCAUCCCUGAGCCAACCAACGAUUCUCCACCUGUCUCCUGCUGACUGUUAUGAGAACAGAGAGAGCUUUAGAGAUAAAAUUACAUGGAUGACUCUGAUGACUUGUGUGCUGCUGAUUCUCGCAAUACUGAUUAUGACAGUUGUGUGUGAGCGUUUCACAAUCAGUUCUCACGUUCUUCCAGAAAGAGCACGUAGGCGGUCUGCAUCUGCUGUAGGAGUGAGUUUCACACCUGAGCCUGUCCUCCACGCUCACCUGCAGACUGAGAUAGUGUAUUCAACACUGGGUGACCAUCAUCCAGUUCCGUGCAGCCCUGUUGGAGUCCGCUCAUUUCCAUGAUAAACACCGAAUGAAUACCUUUUACAAUGAUCGCUUGAUCCAUGUCUAUAUCAUUCACUGACAAAAUGACAACUUGUGUAUGUAAUAUAGUUAUAUGUUUUAUAUUUCUGUUGUUUUUUUUAACUUCGCUUAACAUUUUGAUUGUAUAUAUGUGUGUUGACAAAAUAUAUGACACUGAAAAUACAAUGAGGCCUCUGUUAUGUGCAACUUAAAAACUCAAUGAAAUUGUUUGCUAAGUGCAGUUUUCUCUCCUGUGUUGACGUACUACCUAUUUAAAUAAUUAUUAAUAAAUAGUUAAUACUUUA